GGGACCUGCAGAGCAUCCUGGCCACCAUGAACGUCCCCUCGGGGGGGCAGGGAGUGGAUCUGUCCAGCGUGCUCACCCCGGAGGUCAUGGCUCCCAUCCUGUCUCACCCCGAGGUGCAGCAGCGUCUCUCUCCCUUCCUCCCCUCCGGAGAGUCUCUCCCUCAGAGCAGCGAGGAGCUGAACAACACUCUCAGCUCGCCUCAGUUCCAGCAGGUAUCAAUAUCAUCCUCAAUACGUCUGAUUGAGUUCAGUGCCAACAUGUUGCUUCCUCAUCAGGGUUAUUAA